AUGGGAUGGGUCACAGUUAGCACAUAUCUUGCUUCACAAACAAAGAAGUUAUAUACAUUUUUACCACUUCCACCGCGCAAGCAACCUAGAUCAUCGCAUCACAUCGCAUUUACAGACCAACACCAGCCUCUGGGCGCCAAAAAGCUCCACGAGCCAGGAACAAUGCAACCACCCACCCAAGAAACCCCACCCGACGAGGCCUCUCGCCCAGGUACACCACCACGCCCACCAUACUCCCCCGUAACCCCGGUCUUUGCGCACCUCACGCCCGUCAACAACCCCUCUGCCGCAUCAAACGGAUCACAGCACCCCAUAAUCCCCCCACCAGCUGCGUCGCCAUCACCCACAUCACAAGCACCGCCAUACAGCUCACUCUCGCGACCGUCUCCCCCGCCACCAAUACCUGCCUCCUUUGCGCCCGAACCGCCGCCUGUCCCGAUAUCUGAAAGCGAGAACCCCGAUGCUAUUGCGCUGCGCUCGGCGAUUUCGAUACUGCAACUGCAGAAGCAGCAGGGAUUAAGGGAUAUACGGGUGCUGGAGAGGAUGAAAGAGGCUGCGGCGAGAGAGCCGGAAAAGUUUGCGCGGGAGCUUGCGGCGGGGAAUCUGGUCAGGAAGGAAAGCGGGGCGUUUAUUGAUUUGAAUCAUGAUGACGAGGAUGACGAGAAUGAUGCUGGGCAACGAGAUACAAAUGGGUUCGGCGGGACGAUUCCCCCGCCGCAGAAUGUUGUCCGUAUGCCGCCGAUCAACUGGGCAAAGUACCAAGUCGUCGGCGAGCCUUUGGACAAGAUGCACGAGGAGCAGGUGCGUCGUCCGUCUGUAGGCGAGCCGAGACGGGAUGAGCUCGGGAGGUCGCCAGAGUACCUGCUCGCGUCGCCAUACCGGCCACUGGUAGAUAAGCUGGAGAGCCCGACGAAAGACAAAGGGUCCAGCAAGAGCAAGAAAGGGUGA